UUCAUGUUAUUGUUCUUUUUAACCCUUUCAGUAUCACGUAGUUAAAAUACAACCCGUCUGAGACAUUUCAAAUGGGUGACACCAGUCCGGUUGAAGCUCCCGUUUCGACCUCAGUGAAACCGAAAAGACAACCGAGCUCCAGGAACCUGAAGAGGAAGUUGUCUGCUGAUGAAGAAGAGUCUCCCCUCGAAAACAACAGCAGCAGUCUGAGGCGGUCACUGCGAAGAGGAAGCUCCUUCGCCUUCCUCCCCCCAGGACCACAAUGGGACUUCAGUCUGAAACGGAAACGCAGAGAGAAGGAUGAGAGUGACGCGGUCAGCCUGUGCAGCUUCGACUUUAAGGAACCCAGCAACAAGCGUGUCCGUCCUCUCGGCAGGGUGACGUCGCUAGCCAACCUCAUCUCUCCGGUGAAGAAUGGGGCCGUCCGGCGCUUCGGCCAAACCAUCCAGGCCUCGUUCCGGGGCGAUGGCAAGUCGCCGGGCGUGCCCCAGAAGCCUUGCAGCAAGGCGGCGGCCCCCACACCGCCCAAAAGGAGGAACAGCACGUUGUGGUCGGAGACUCUAGACGUCCACCAGAAAGGGACUUUCUCCACCAAAGAGAUCAAGCGGCAGGAGGCCAUAUUUGAGCUGUCUCGUGGAGAACAGGAUCUGAUCGAGGACCUCCAGCUCGCACGCAAGGCGUACCAUGACCCGAUGCUGAAGCUCUCCAUUAUGUCAGAGGAGGAGCUUACUCACAUCUUCGGCAACCUGGACACCUACAUCCCUCUACAUGAAGACCUCCUUGCGCAGCUCUCAAAAGCCACAGGGCCAGAUGGGACCGUGGGCCAGAUCGGACAGAUUGUCGUAAGCUGGCUGCCAAGGCUUAACGCCUACAAGGACUACUGCAGCAACCAGCUGGCAGCUAAGGCACUGCUGGACCAGAAGAAGCUGGACCCACGGGUGCAGGACUUCCUGCAGCGCUGCCUCGAGUCACCCUUCAGCAGGAAGCUGGACCUGUGGAGCUUCCUGGACAUCCCACGCUCUCGCCUGGUCAAGUAUCCACUGCUGCUCAAAGAGAUCCUGAAACACACUCCACCAGAGCACCCAGACUCCGCCAGCCUGGAGGAAGCGAUCACUGUCAUCCAGGGCGUGCUGUCUGACAUCAACAUGAAGAAGGGAGAGUCUGAGUGCCAGUACUACAUUGACAAGUUGGAGUAUCUGGACGACAGGCAGAGGGACCCUCGCAUCGAGCAGUGCAAGAGCCUGCUGUGUCACGGGGAGCUACGCAACAAGAGUGGCACGAAGCUGCACGUGUUCCUGUUCACUGAGCUGCUGGUUCUGAGCCGCCCCGUCACCAGGAAUGAGCGCCACUGUUUCCAGGUUUACCGGCAGCCAAUCCCAGUCCAGGACCUCGUGCUUGAGGACCUGCAGGAUGGAGACGUCAGAAUGGGCGGCUCCUUCAGAGGCGCUUUCAGCAACGCAGACAAAGCCAAGAACAUUUUCCGCGUGCGCUCCCAUGACCCAAGCCAGGCACAGUCCCACACACUGCAGGUCAACGACGUUUUCCACAAGCAGCAGUGGCUCAACUGCCUUCGCAGUGCAAUCUCCGUCCACCGACCCCUCAGCGAGCCCUCCACGCCCUCCCCGCCUGCAAGCGACGCCCGCUCCAAGCGUCGCCCUUCCUCUGUCUCCGCCAUCGUCCACAUGGAGGAAGCAGAUGAGAACUGCCCGCAGCCGACCUCUCAGUCUGCCCCCGGCUCGCCGUGCAACAGCACGACCCCCAGCCCCACCACGACGUCUCCUUCAUCCCGCUCCUCCUCAUCCUCUUUGUCAACGACAUCAUCUUCCUCAUCUUCGUCGCCGCUCUCCUCACCCACAGCUCACAAAACCAAAAAGGACAAGAAGUCUCUGUGUUCUUUAGGGAAGAGAAAAGAGACUAUGGUGUGAACUGAGGUGAAAGGAGAAAAUGGACUCCUGGGCGGACAUUGUUUUGUACAUAAGUGUUAAAAAACACAACGUGGAGAAGCGUGGGACUUGUAUUUAUGUGUGUCUGCGUGCGUGCGUAUUAUUACAACAGUGUUCUGUGUUACUGUCCUCUACGGCAGCUAUUUACCUUACCCCUCCAUCCAAGUGCACCCUACAGAGACACAGUAUUCUGGAGAAACGUGCACGGCUUCCACCAGCUCUAAAAAGGGAAGCGUAACGAGAGGCAAACACACAUUUCACACACAAAUCUGUGUGUGUCAUGAGUUUGGUGAUUUCUUGAAGAUCGAGGUGGUGCAUUCAAUCCUGUUUACUAUUAAUUGUGAUAUUUAAACAUUAUUUUAGACCUUACGGAGGGGCUAAUGAAAGAUUUACAUUUUUAUAUUCUAAAAUUUAUUGUAGUAUUUUUUUAGGUAUCAUAAAGCAGCACUGUUUUAGCUUUUAGGUGAAGUUAUUUGAAAAUUUGAGCAUGUUUAGCAGGCAAGAAAGGAAAAGAAUCCCCAAAAAAGGAUGAGAUGUACUACACAAAGCUUAAAAUGUUCUGUACAAGUCUGAUUUUUAGAUUAAUCAGAACACGCGUCUUAUUUUUAUACAUUCCUUUAAUGACGGAUGUUAGGAUCGGGACACUUUUAUUUUUUGCAGUCAGAGGCAUUAACUUAAAUCCAGUAACAGGUGAGAUUCCAGUUUCUCUCUGUUAGAACAAAGACAUCGCUAUGAAGUGCAGUGUUGGUAAAUCAUACGAUGUCAAAAUCAUGUCAGAGAAGAGAUGAGGAGUUUUGUUUUGAAACAAAAUUUUGAACUGAGCCAUGUUGGUUUGUAAAAAAGCUGACUUUUCAGAAUGAAACAUCACUUUUCAGUGUAGCAUCUUGCAUGGAGCUUUAGUUGUGGACACUGCUUGCACCAGUAAUGGCAGCAGGAUGUAUUUACCUGCCCUGAGGGACAGGACAGUUAAACAUGUAAAAGACUGGUUGAUGAGAGAUAUGAGAGAUAAGAGAAUGUUGUUGAAGGCUGAAGAGAAAAGAGUAAAGAUUGAUAAAGCUGUGUUUUGGAACUGAAAAAGAUUGAAAUUGCAAGACGAUAAACUCCAUUAACUUUCUGUAUAAGUUGAUGUGAUAUCUUGCACAUAGAUGGAUGGUUAAAAUCAAAUGAGAGUUAUUGAUGGAAAAAAGUACGUAGGGGAAGGGAGACAAAGAAGAAGGUUGUUGUAUGUGUUCAGAAGAUGCUUUUGUUGAGGUGGAAAAAAGAAAAGAGAGAAGGGCAACUUGUUUGCCACGACCUGUAUGUAAUUAAAAGAACAAUAAAGAUCUGUGUAAGAUUGCAACUGAA